UGCUAACUGUCGCGAAAGCACAUCGACGAAGAAAGACGUGAGCGGGACGCUAUUAAGUCAGUCUUAUUAUUUGUUCUCCAGUUUGAAAUAUUUACGUCGUAUAAAAUACAUCUUUGAUUCUUAAUUUAAGGAUAAAGUCGUCUCGAUGCGCUAGAAGCACUGCGCAGCUUCUCUUGCUAUAUUUGCUUGUUAGUUAGCUUUGCUCGCCAGUUAGCUUAGCUUGUUAGCUGCUAACAAAGAGACGCGGAAGUUAUUUAAACAUCGCUAAGUAGGGAACUAAUGUGAGUGUAAAGUGUUGUGAUUGUGUGAAAAUGUGCGAAACAACGAUGGCAAAGUACGAGGAGGAUCUUUGUCCAACAAAAGAGGAGAAGGAGCGACAACAUCAACUACUGGAUGUUUAUUAUAAGAAAUAUCAUCAAGUUGUGUCACACAGAACAGACGUCUGUGAAGAACAACUUCUGCCUGAAAAACAGGAGUCUAGCUUCAGGACGGUGAAGAAGGAUCCUUCAAAAAGAAAGAUGGGGCGCCACAGACCCUCUGGUUCCUCCUUUUCCUCUUUGACACAGACCCUUUCCUGUAAAAAGAAAGAGGAACACUCACUGACCCCCCACAAUAAAGGGAAAGAAGAGGAACACGGUGUCAGUCAGGAGGGAGAGCAGAUUGAAGGACUGGAGGAGUUCCCAGUGACUGGUGUCCCUGUGAAAAGUGAAGGUGAUGAGGUCAAAGGUGAAAGUGAGGAGAAGAGAGAGGCGGAGCUUCCAAGCAGCAGCUCAACACAACACAUGACAACAGAAGCUGAUGGAGACCACUGUGGAGGAUCACAAGCAGACAAGCUCUUAGCUCCACUAUCAGAUAGUGAGGACACAACGUCACACUCUCCUGACACUGAUGAUGAAGACUCUAAAGAUGAUAAGACAUGUCACACUGACAACACUCGCUUCACAUGUUCUCACUGCGACAAAACCUUUAAAUACCAUUGUCGUCUUAAAAGACACAUGAGGACACACACUGGAGAAAAACCUUUUAUCUGUUCAAUAUGUGGUAAAGGUUUUACACUAAGUCACAGUUUGAAAAAACACACAUUAAUACACACUGGAGAAAAAGCUUUUACAUGUUCAAUCUGUGGUAAAGGUUUUGUAGAAAGCUGUAAUUUGAAAGUACACAUGAGAACACACACUGGUGAAAAACCUUUUAUCUGUUCAAUCUGUGGUAAAGGUUUUGCACAAAGUUCAUGUUUGGAAACACACAGAACAAUACACACUGGAGAAAAAUCUUUUAUCUGUUUAAUAUGCAGUAAAGGUUUUGUUUUAAGUAACAAAUUGAAAGUACACAUGAGAAUACACACUGGUGAAAAGCCUUUUUCCUGUUCAAUCUGUGGUAAAGGUUUUACAGAAAGUCAAUAUUUGAAAGUACACAUGAGAACACACACUGGUGAAAAACCCUUUUCCUGUUCAAUCUGUGGUAAAGGUUUUACACAAAGUCAGAAUUUGAAAAGACACAAGACCACACAUUUUUGAAAAAUCACAUUCCUGUUCAAUCUGCAACAAAAGCAAAACCGAUCAAACCUUGUAGCACACAUGAGAAGACACAAAGGAGAGAAAGUGUUGAGUUGCAGUGUGUGUGGUGAAAGAUUCUCUUUAAAGUACCAGUAAUAUGCUUCUACAUUUAUACAAUAAAUAUCUUAUAUCAUUGCUUUUGUCAGUCAAGUACAUGCAUUAAUAUGCAACAUUGUGUACUUUUGUUAAAAAUUGAACAAAACAAUUUGACUGAAAAGGUCAGAGUAAACAGUACAAUACAUAUUUUACACACAAUAAACAUUUUUGUAUAUACAUGCAUAAUACAAAUUUAGACUUAUUCAUAAUAGUGUUUUUUUAUAUGCAUUUGAAAUAUUGAAGUAUUACAUAUUUUUAUUCCUAAUUGUUAAUGAUCCCAUCGAUUAACAUUUUUGUAUCAUAUACACAUGUACUGGUUCACAUCGGAAACAUCUUCUGGACCACUUCGGGGAGCAUAUUAUUAUUUACUUUAUACAUCAUUUGAACAGUUGUCUUCUAUACAAUUUUAAAAUGUGUGACUUUAUGAAUCAUUUGUUGGGUCUCUUUAAUCCAUUUUAUUAAUGAUCUUUAUUACUCUCUUUUGUAAAAUGAUGAUUGUGUUGUGAUUGUAAUUAUCUCUAUUUACAGGUUGUACUUAAUGAAAUCUUCAAAUAAUAAAACACGUUUAUCAGUCAAUAAGUGCA